GUUGCACAGCUCAUUCUAUAUUUUGUCCAUGACGUUCCAAAUACAAGCACCACUUCGAAAACGCACAGUUUAUGAGCGCGGUGUAGUGAAGAGGCGGGCAUGGCAGAGGCCGCGGAGACCAGGGGAGAGUGCGCUCUGAGUGCGAUGAGAAUGGAAAAUCCAGGCAUGGGAGAACCGAGGACCCGUGUGCCUCUCCGUGGUGAGUUGGAGACAUGGGACGACAUGGAGAGUCUGGCAACAGGUUUUAGCCGGAAACUGCAGAUGGGAAAACCUGGUCGAGGACCAGGGACAGGCAGGGUCGAGCACGGACCUCCCCACUUCAAGGAUGAGCCACAGGCGGGCUGGCACAUCGGAUAUUGGAACAGUGACCGACGCCCUUGCCUGUACCAUCCCCAAACACCCACGGCCAUCUCACUGGUCACUGGCGAUGACCGUGGCCAGUUCGGCCUUCUCUGGACCGCAGACGAUGAACCGAUGGUCUUGGACAUCGACAACGUCGACUUUUGUGUUGAUCCCAGCACAGUAACUUGGAAGGACAGACUGAAUGAUGCAGAGUUGGAGUUUGCGAUCGGAGACAAACUGAGGCUGGUCCUGGCUGGGAACAGACCUCCUAGCCCUUCACAGAAGCUGAACUUCAAACCAGCCACAAUCUACAUGGACACCUCCACCAUGCAACAGGUGGCUAUAGUGGGAUCUUCUGAACACUCCAACUCGAAGAAGAUCAAACAUAUCCUGGUUGCACAAGUAACAGAGGACAGGGCUGCUAAUAUCGACACCAUCACAAAGGCAAAAAAGGAAAACCUGAUGAGGGACACUGGAAGGCACAGGUACUGCAACGUGGACAAACUGCUGGCUGACAUCAGGAGCGUCUACUUCCCCAGUUUUGCCACAAGCCCACAAGAGAUCAUGCGGACUCUUGGGGCAUAUGCUGCUGAUGUGUCCAGUGGUAACGUGAAUAGUCGAGGUAAUCGGGAAAGAGGGGCCCUUCUUCUACACUACCAAGACGGCCCAAGGUACAUCCCAUUCACUGCAGCGUUCCACAACACCAUCAGGCAACAAGGACUGAACAGGGAGACUGAGAGGAUGCGCACCUUUGCGACCUGGCCACCAUCUUCCCCCGUACCUCCAAAAAGCCUCGUACAGGCUGGUUUCUUUUCAAUUGGAAAGGAAUUGUACGUACAGUGCUUUGUGUGUGGUGAUGUGAAAGGUACGUGGAAGUAUGGUGAUGAUCCCCUGCAGUGUCACUAUGAUAUGAAUGGGUGGUGUGAGUUUAUGCUCAGCUAUGAUGUGGGGAAUGUCUCCCUCGAGGAGGAAAGUGCUCUAGUAGUUAGGAGUGAGCAUGAGGUGUUCGGCACACUGCCAACUGUGCAAGCUGGUCCAGUGGCUUUUGAUCCAUCAACAGUACAACAGCUAUUGAAGGAAAUGCAUCAGGAGUGUGAGAAACUUUCGUGCAAAAUCUGUAUGGAUGGAGAGAUUGCAUAUGCAUUCUUCCCAUGCGGUCAUUUGGUUGUGUGCUCAAAAUGUGUCAACAAUGGCUACAAAAUCUGUCCUAUGUGCAGGCAGGUGAUCAAUCGAACCAAGAGGGUAUACUUCAACUAGACUUCUGAGACCCUAUGUAUGCUUCUAUCAGUUAAUAUUGUAUUUAUCCUGGAGACACUUGAUUUCAUGAAGCUUAUUUUGAACUCUUUCUGUUAUCCAUGUUUAUAUUCAACCAACCAACCAACCAACCAACCAACCAACCAACCAACCAACCAACCAACCAACCAACCAACCAACCAACCAACCAACCAAUCAAUCAAUCAAUCAAUCAAUCAAUUAACAGGAUGUUCAUCUUUCAAACGAAUCUGAUGAAAGGCUGAUCGACCCACAUGCCAAACAUCAUAAAAAUUGUUUGUAACUUCUUGGGUUAUAAAGGGUACAGCAUUCUUCAUAUCAGACCAAACACUUAAAUUUCUGAAAGGCAUCAGUGCCGUCAGAUCAAUGUAACCUUCUAUGAAGAUUUCCCAUAUUGACAGUCUUAUGUACUGCUGGGAACAAAAAAAAUGUACAGCUAUGUAACCUUCUAUGAAGACACGUAAUAUAAUGUACAGUUCUAAGUAGCCUUCUAUGAAGCAAUCUCAUGUACACCAGUCAGUGCCACGUUUUCACGUGCCUUGCGUGUACAAUACUGACAGGUCGUCAGUCCUAUAUGUAGCCUUCUAUGAAGCAGAUGUACAUUACAGUUUUACGUACAUUUCAG